AUGUCUCACCCUGUCAUCCGUUUUCCGCCACCUCCGCCCACUCAUAACACCUUGAGCCCCGAGCAGCGCGCUCAUCUCCUGCGCACUAACAACAAAAUCGAGCAGGUGCUCGGGAGCACCCCUCACGUUCUGGACCUCUCGUAUCCUCCGAAGCCUGCCUCUCUACGCAUAGACAUUCCCGCCCGCGUAUCAGAAGAGCACCCGCGUCGACUAUUCCAGAACGUCCACCGGCGCACGAAGUCGCUUCCCCGCCCAGACGAGAACAGCGAAUGUCGUCGCUCUCCACGCCCGAGCACGUCCAGCUCGCGCUCCUCAUCGAAGAGCCACGCGUCGCGCAUCAGCUCUAAUAGCGAACAGGCAUGGCGCACGCCGUACAACCCUACGCAGCGGCCCCCGCUGCUCAAGCUCUUCCCAGCGCCGCUGGACCCGAUCCCGGGAUCUCCUCCUCAUAGCGAGGCCGACGACGUGCCCGGGUCACCCAGCUCGCCCUCGUUCGCCAUCCCGUCUGAGGCGGCCCAGCGACUCAAGAAGAUGCGCCGGCUCACGCGGAAGCUUGGCGACGGCGUCCCCGUCGAGCUCGUCUUCCCCUCGCGCGUCGGAGCCGCCGCUGACGCCGACUCGGACUCUGACGAGGAGACGCCGCUGCUCGAGACGCCCGCGGCGAGCCAGCGCCUUCCCUUCUCCUCGCGCCUGCCCGCCAUUCCGGAGGAUGGCCGUCAGAGCAGCUUUGCCCGGGGCAGCGCGAAGACGCCGUCCCUCAGUGGCUUCAGCAUUGUGGAGGGUCCUGAUGAGCACGACGGCCUCGACGGCCUGUGCAUGGGCCUGCCCGCGUCGCAGGACAAGGGGCGCAAGCGCACGGCGAAGGCAGGCAAGGAGCAGACGACGGUCUGUCUCGGGGUGUCCGCGAGCGCGGGACAGAGCGGGAAAGGGGCUAGCCGGCGAUGGGUGCAGGGCGCUGUCCCCUUCGACCAAGUCAUCGGGUCGUGGGGCGGCCGUGUGUGCUGAGGCGGAGGCGAACCCUCAUGCAGUAUAUCAUACCAGGAUGCGACUGGCUCGCAUCGUACGCUUUUGUCUCGUUAUUUCCGCGCUUCGUGUGGUUUGCUGUCGUGUGCUUUGUUUGGUCUUGAGACGCAGGUAGUAUGGCUAUGACAGUAAUUAGGCAUUGUAUGUUGAAGGUCGUCCAUGAUGUAUCCAUACCCAUCCCAUCUAUUAUGAUUAGACUGCUGCUCACAAUAACAUUUAUAUAUGCGCGU